GAGGUCAUUGCAGCGCUGUUCGUUCUUCUUAUCGUAUCAGUCAUGUGGUUGUCAUGUGUGGCCGAUUUCUCAGACUGCAGUUCUGCAUGGAUGUCUCAAUGUCUGAACCAUCUCGUUUUCUUAUCGUCGCCCUGCGUUCAAGCGCCGCGCAGGUACUUCACAUGUGUGGGUAGCUGGAAAAAUACCAAGUGACACCGUCGCGGUACCGGCGGGGCGUAACGGGGAGGAGCGCUCGGCUCCCCCAAACGCGGUAUCUGUCGGUUAUACGCGCCCGUGUCGGGGAGCCGGGUUAAGGACCCAGAGAAAAGUGCAUUAGUUAGUGAGUUAGUGAAUCUGCAGCAUGCGGUCGCCCACCGUGUGAACGUUUAGACUACUGGAGGAAGAGGCUUGUCGGCGUAGAUGUGGGAAGAUUGACCGCAUUUAAUGGUGGUUUAGGACUUGCACAGGACACGGAACACCUCUUAACUCCGCCGUGGGCACUUUUCAACCGAGGGGUUGGCACACGCUGAGGCUGCAACAUGGUGCAGAAAUAUCAGUCCCCCGUGCGGGUGUACAAACACCCCUUUGAGCUGGUCAUGGCCGCGUAUGAGAGACGGUUCCCUACGUGUCACCUCAUCCCAAUGUUUGUGGCCAGUGAUGUGAUCAGCGAGGAGAAGAGUGAUGACGACUCCACACACAGAAUCGAGAGGCGGUGCAAACUGGACAUUGAUGCUCCCCGCCUUCUCAAGAGGAUUGCGGGGGUGGACUACGUCUACUUUGUCCAGAAGAACACGCUGAAUCGCAGAGAGAGGACCUUGCACAUCGAGUCCCACAACGAAACCUUCUCCAACAGGGUCAUCAUCCACGAACAGUGCUGCUACUCGGUGCACCCCGAAAAUGAGGGCUGGACGUGUUUUGAGCAGUCUGCCAGCCUCGACAUCAAGUCGUUCUUUGGCUUUGAGAGCACCGUGGAGAAGAUUGCCAUGAAGCAGUAUGCCAACAGCAUCAAAAAGGGUAAAGAAAUCAUUGAGUACUACCUGCAUGAGCUGGAAGACGAGGGCACCACCCACGUGCCACGCUGGAGCCCGCGUCCCGCCUCACCCGUCAAGCCUGUCACACCCAACACCCACUCCACCACGCUACCCACCAUGCCUGCCGUUGCCAUCGCGGCACCCUCCGAAACCUCCAAAGAGGGGCAGGCAGGCAAGGAGGGCGGGGUCAGCCCAGUGGGUGGUCCCGGUGAGGCACUGCCAGCCACGCCCGAUGACAAACUGGAUGCUGACUAUAUCAACCGUUACCUGGGUGACCUCACACCUCUUCAGGAGAGCUGCCUCAUACGACUCCGUAGCUGGCUACAGGAAACACACAAGGGCAAGAUCCCCAAGGACCAGCACAUCCUGCGUUUCCUGCGUGCGCGGGACUUCAACCUGGACAAGGCCCGGGAGACCCUGUGCCAAUCGCUCACCUGGCGGAAGCAGCACCAGGUGGACUACCUGCUGGACACCUGGACCUCCCCACAGGUCCUCCUUGACUACUACACUGGCGGCUGGCACCACCACGACCGCGAUGGUCGUCCUCUCUAUAUACUGCGUCUGGGACAGAUGGACACAAAGGGCCUGGUGCGAGCUCUCGGGGAGGAGUCUCUCCUGAGACAUGUAUUGUCCAUCAACGAGGAGGGCUUGAGGAGAUGUGAAGAGAAUACCAAAGUAUUUGGUCGGCCAAUCAGUUGCUGGACGUGUCUGGUGGAUCUAGAGGGCUUGAACAUGCGGCAUCUGUGGCGUCCGGGCGUGAAGGCUCUGCUGCGCAUCAUCGAGGUCGUGGAGGCUAAUUACCCAGAGACGCUGGGGCGUCUGCUCAUCCUCCGUGCGCCCCGCGUCUUCCCCGUCCUCUGGACCCUGGUGAGCCCAUUCAUCGACGAAAACACGCGAAAGAAGUUCCUGAUCUACGCCGGCAACGACUACCAGGGUCCCGGAGGCCUGCUUGACUACAUCGACAGAGAGAUCAUCCCUGACUUCCUGGGAGGUGAAUGCAUGUGUGAAGUCCCAGAGGGCGGCUUGGUACCAAAAUCUCUGUACCGGACCCCAGAGGAGCUUGAGAAUGAUGACAUCAGACUGUGGACAGAGACCAUCUACCAGAGCGCCAGUGUGUUCAAAGGAGCGCCACACGAACUGUUGAUCGAGAUCAUCGAUGCCUCCUCGGUCAUCACAUGGGACUUUGACGUGUGCAAGGGUGAUGUGAUCUUCAACAUCUACCACUCAAAGAGGGCGCCAGCACCACCCAAGAAAGACCCACUGGGCGCCCACGGCAUCACGUCUCCCGGCGGCAACAACGUGCAGCUCAUCGACAAGUCGUGGCAGCUAGGGCAGGACUACAGCAUGGUGGAGUCACCCCUCACCUGCAAGGAGGGCGAGAGUGUGCAGGGUUCCCACGUGACCCGCUGGCCUGGUUUCUACAUCCUGCAGUGGAAGUUCCACUCCAUGCCCGCGUGCGCCGCCACUAACCUGCCGCGUGUGGACGACGUGCUGGCCACAUUGCAGGUCUCCUCCCACAAGUGUAAAGUCAUGUACUACACUGAGGUUCUAGGCUCCGAGGACUUCAGAACGGCUUGCUGCGAUGUGCAGAGUUUGGGUUCGAUGACGAGUCUGGAGUCCAGCCACAGUGGCUUCUCCCAGCUCAGUGCGGCCACCACCUCCUCCAGCCAGUCGCAGUCCAGCUCUAUGAUCUCCAGAUAAGAAUGCGGAGGGGGAACCGGAACCUUCCGGCACGUGAUCGGGACUCUCCUGCCGGAUCAGCGCCAGUAUGUAGUGUGUGUGUGUCUCCACCCCAAGCACCCUGGCCCUUUUGAAACAAGCUUGCACAACAGAUGAUGAGAUGGAGAAAAUGGAAAACAAUAACAGCAAAAGUUUUCAGAGCUACAUGGUCAUCGUCAGUAUUUUACAAGGGCUUGGAUCUGUGUUGCCAUAGCGCUCAGCUGGGCUGCAGGUCAGUUCACGGGCAUCUUUGUUCUUCUUCAUAAUUUCAACUCCCACUAUCAGCUGGGGAGACAUUAUGGUCUAUGAAACAUUUUUACAACACUGUUGGACCUGAUGCUGGACUUAGCAAUACAUGUACUUUUGAAUAGUGUUGGAUCUGAAAUGGAGAAAUGGAAUGCGCUGUUACACACAAACACACACACACACGCUCACACACACACACACGCUCACACACCAGUUCAUUGACACACAGGUGCACAAACACAGCACACAGACUCUUCAAAUUCUGUAUACGAUAAAUUAUGCCAUACUGCUGGGAGAGUUUUGUUCUUCUAAUAAAACGUUUAUAGGUCAAAGUACAGGUUUAAAAACACGUGGCAAGGUGUCUGCCCAUAGCAAUAACCCUAGGAACAUUUUCUACCAUUUGGGUUUGUAUUUAUCGGGGAGGGGUGGUGGGGAGGGGGGUUAACAUAGCUCUAGAGACAUUUUGGAGUCUUCUGGGUGCUAUGUUCUUUAGUGCUUAGCUGUAGUGUCUGGCUGCUUCAAAGUCUUGAUGUUCAGUGCUUUCAAAAGCAGUAGCGCUUGUGAUCUAAUUUUAGUGCUGCUUCUAGUGGUUGCCCCACAUAUCGAUUAAAGUUGUUUUUGAAUUUAUGGAAAUGCCUCGACAUGAAUAGUCACACUAGCUACUGAUCAGUUCCUAUGCAGUUAGUCUAAAUACGAGGAAUACUUGUUUUAUAGGUCACAUUCUUGAGUGACAGGAAACUGGGUGUUAUGGUUUUUGUAGUAAAUUUCUAGUGACCAUAUUAAAGCUGCAGUCAGGUAGAUUUGUUGUGUAAAGAGCUUACUUGCAUGUCAGUGUUUCCCUUCUAAAGUUAUAUAAAUCAAUAAAAUAUAUAUUAUGUGAAUAGAAAAGUUGCACAUAAAACCUUCAUAAAUGAUUCCCAUUUUCCAAAUCUGCUGAAUUUAUUAAAGAUGGUAUUACACCUGCCAUGUAUUUAUUCAGAAUGAGGGCGGUGUAAUUGGGCCCAGUCAGGCCAAUUAACAUGGACUGAUUACUUUUUUCUUUUGAAUCAUUACCCAAGCAGUGAUCACAUUACAUGCAUUACAAAUGAGGUCUUUUCAGGUGAGGGCUUUCUAGACUUCUGUCAUACAUGAGAUUAAGACUCAAAGUGAAUAAAUCACAGUGUCAUGCAUUAUUACAGCAAAGUUUUGAGGAGGUCCGUCAGAGGUCUUGACGUCCCUACAGAGUUUGCUAAUGUCUGCUCACCUAUCUGAAUUGUAAUCAUUUUAGUAGGUGACCAGUUUGCGCUGUAGCUAUUUAGACAGACCCGUCUUCGUUUUGAAACAGGGGUUGACGCCGGUUAAUAAAGGACUCCCGCGAGUGGCGGCCUGGCUUAUCCACCCCAUCAGAGUGGACGCCUGAGCUAAUAACCCAGUUCACUGGAGAGUUGUGCUCCUGAGUGAGGAAGCAGAGCAGAGGACACUGAACCCUGCUGUACUGUAGAGAUUUGCCCCUUCAGCCAAGAAAGGUGCUUCACCUGCCCGGGUACAUCCUUUUGUCUAGUGUAAACUUGCAAGGCGCCCUUACUGUGAAGCGCUCCUGAAGCUCGGCUGCGGUUAGCAAUCAUCCUGUAAUGUUGAAAUCGGAUUUUGAUCUCCAGGUCAAAUCGUGUAGAUUCAUCCUGGUCAUGUUCACGCAUUUACUCUAGCUGUAGCAUGUGUGUGAGAUCCUUUCUGAAGUUUCUUCAACCGUUUGACGGUGUGUCCGAAUACAGAUCAGUUUCCUUAUGUUUACACUUGAAGGAGAAUAUCUGAGGUCGGGUACAGGCCCUUAUGAGUUGCUACCCCUUAGUCUGGUGUGGAAGAGUGAGAGGGUGUGUGUGCAGGUUGGAGGGUGCACUUGAUGGGGAGGGGGGCGAGAGUGCAGCUUUAAAACAUGUAUAUUGUGUUCCCCAUGCUUGCAACCUGCACACGCUGCUUCUGAAGCACAGACUGGAACCCAACAUUACUACAAGCUGCCAUUUCAGAGUGAUUUAUGAAAUUUGAUGACCAUUAGCAUUUUAUUGCAUUUUGGGGGGGGGGGGGGGGGGUUGUUGGUUUAAAAAAAAGGUCUGUCCCACCUGAUUCAUCACUCAGCCACUCAGCUGUCUGACACAGGUUGUUUUUGUUUGGUUUUCUUCUCUUUUUUGGGUUAAAAAUACAAAAGACAAACACUGAAGUUCUACUGCAUAAACUUUUUAAUGUAUUUUCAACAAAGAAUUUUAAUGUCAAACAAAAAUCCUUAAACUUGUCGAGUGUUGCAAUAACCAUAAAAUGCUUUAUUCUUUAACAAGGGGAAAAAAACGAAAACAGAGGGCUGCUCAUUUGUGUUCGAAGACUGUGAGUCUGAUGUUCUGAAACCUUUUUACAUGUGUGUUUCUGAAAUUUGCUUCUGUCCUGUGCUCCCAAAACCGUCAGCCUCCACAUGGCAUGCUACUGCUGGAUACAGCUGUCCUUGUGCCAACCUGUGGCUGUCCAACUAACCCGUGAAUGUUGAGAAAUGCACAAGUUUUUAAUCCUCAACAGUUUACAGUGGACAAAAAGGAGCAGACAAAGUCCUCCACCAAGGCCUUCGUCUCCGCCACCAUCUGUGUUUUUUUUGGGUAUACUUGUUUUUUUUUCCCCUGGUCCAGUGUAUUUGAAAAGCAGGCUUAGCACAACACGAGGGAGACAGAAUGCUGAUUGCACCAGCGGUCUGCACUGUUUUUCCACCACUGGCCUCGGAAUGCACCACGACAAGCAUUUUUUAAAGUAGAUUUACAGCACAGCUCCUGCUCCACGUGUGAUCCACACAUCCACUACGUGGAAUGUAGAUGGACAAUGAUCCAUUUUAAAGUCCAUAACGCUAUCGCUCAGUGCUUUGCAUAUCUUCUUUCAUUGUCAAAGGAUCAGGAUAUUUGGACAAACCUGUACUCAUGCCACCAGCUGAGGCCGUUUUCAUCAGGUUUUGGUGAUGGUUACAAUGGUCACAAUCUCGACCUGUUUCGUGUUCGAAUUACUUCCUAACUGAGUCUUUUGUCUUAUUGGUGUAUGAGGGCUAUAAAUGUCUAUUUCUCAAGUGUUUGUCUUUUUCUCCAACAAAACAUACAGUACCUCCCCACUCCUAUACACUGCAUAUCUAUCUGAGAAAUUGUGGAAUUAAAAAAAAUUAAUAUACGAAGUAACACCUUUCCAUUUUUUGAAACUAUUAAACUUGAAUUGGUGAAUUGAU